UCAUCACCUCCACCGUCAACCCUCGCAAUGGCGUCCCGCACCCGCCUGAUGGCCUCCACGGCUUCAGGUCUGAUACGAGCCUCAAGGCCGCAAAUCGCAUCCAGGGUAUCCCCCUUUGCUGCUGCCUUGAACAGCUCCUCCGUCCGCGCCUUCACGCAGCUCAACUCGCAAUCAGCUGCAUCCUCCUCGCAGAACACGCCCAACAUCUUCUCCUCGAUUGGCCAGCUGAACAAUUCGACCGGCCCCCCGACGUACUUCCAGUCGCACAGGCGGCUUCCGGCGAACACCAUCGUGCGGUUCGUGCCGCAGCAGACAGCAUGGAUCGUCGAGCGCAUGGGACGCUUCAAUCGGAUCCUGGAGCCCGGUCUUGCUAUUUUGAUACCGUUUAUUGACAGGAUAGCGUAUGUGAAGAGCUUGAAGGAGAACGCGAUUGAGAUCCCCAGCCAGAGCGCCAUCACAGCGGACAAUGUUACGCUGGAGCUGGACGGCGUGCUGUACACGCGGGUAUUUGAUGCGUACAAGGCGAGCUACGGCGUAGAAGACGCAGACUACGCCAUCUCGCAGCUCGCGCAGACCACGAUGCGCUCCGAAAUCGGCCAGCUCUCGCUCGACCACGUCCUCAAGGAGCGCGCGAACCUCAAUGCCAACAUCACCGCCGCCAUCAACGAGGCCGCCCAAGACUGGGGCAUCACCUGCCUCCGCUACGAGAUCCGAGACAUCCACGCCCCGGAGCCUGUGGUCGAAGCCAUGCACCGUCAGGUCACCGCUGAGCGCUCGAAGCGAGCUGAGAUCCUGGAGUCCGAGGGUCAGAGGCAGUCCGCUAUCAACAUCGCCGAGGGAAAGAAACAGUCGGUGAUCCUGGCAUCUGAGGCCUUGAGAGCGGAGCAGAUCAACAUGGCGAGUGGUGAGGCCGAGGCUAUCCUCUUGAAGGCCACGGCUACGGCGAACGGAAUCGAUGCCGUUGCGCGAUCGAUUGCCCAGGGCAAGGACGCGGCCCAGGGCGCCGUUUCCCUUUCCGUGGCUGAGAAGUACGUUGAUGCUUUCGCCAACCUCGCAAAGGAGGGAACUAGCGUUAUCAUUCCCGGCAACGUCGGCGAUAUCGGCGGCAUGAUCGCAAGCGCAAUGGCUGUGUAUGGCAGAGUGAACGACGCGCAGGCGAAGGGAAUUGCCGCAAAGAUGGCCCAAGGAGGACAGGACACGCCCGCCGGCAGGAAGAUUGCGGAGCUUGAGGGAGAGCUUGCUGCGAUGGAGAAUGAGUCGGGCAAAGUCCAGAACGCCAUCAACAAGGUGAUGGACCAGAGAUUGAGCAAGAAGUAGAGAGGUGGAUGGACGACACGGGACUAGGGGCAUGGAUAGCGACGAAGGGAGCACAGGAAACGAUUGUACAUUACACCACGCUGUAUGAAUAGCAGCAUGCGAGCAUCGGGUUAAUUGGGUAAGGGUAAUCCAAAAGCAAGCGUCGUAGCUACUAGCCUCGGAGGUUCUCCUCUCUUCAUCUGUCUUCGCUGGGACGCACUCCGCUUUCCGUAUGUUUAUAGCUAGCCAGCGUUGAGGUAUCUCUUAUCGAAACCUUCACAAUUGCUUUGUUCCCUUAACCAUCUCUGAGGCAUCUUCCACCCUUUACCUUGUUCAUGCGCCUAAUCUCAUCCCAUCCCAUCAC